GUGUGGCCAUAGCGCUGAGAGACAGACUCACAAACAAACAUGGCUGACACGCCACAAACUGGGGGAAACUGUGACAUACCAUAUACUUAAUUAUGAAGUGUAAAACAGCAGUUUUAUUAUUACGAUAAGACCCCAAGGAUAAUCAUGGCUAAGGAAAAAUAAAGAUUAAGUCUUUGCCGCCCACAGACCACGUGAUCCAGCUAUCAACCACUGAUUGUUAGGCACAUCACAAUCUCCGCCUUGUCAACGAGGUCACAUCUCUGUCGUGUGCAUUUUCUCUUGGGUUUUACUCUUUGGAGAACCACUAAUCAGGUCUAGAUUAUUAUUGGGGAAGUGACCGUCCCCCUCUGGUCAACAGCUUUGGAUUUAAGCCACUGACUUCAGAUACAACUUUGGCAGCUGAGAGAUCAGUUUCCGGUCAUGAGACAGAAGGAAGAAGCCAGGACACGUGGUCCUGUUCAGGGACCUUUACUGUGAACUAUGUCUGUUCAUUCGCCGUCUUCUUCAAUAGAGGAUGAGCUAAGGAAGCGGGCACGUAUUGAUAAAGAGGAUUCCACAAAAAAAUCAACAGGACCAAACAGGGGAGGUGGUCGUGCUAGAAUUUACCUGCAUGCCGUAAGUGACGCACAGGCUGAUCUUCUUAAAAAUACAGGAUAUACACAACCACUGCAAGAAGUCAAGAAGAAGACAGGAGCUGAUGUGCAGUUUGACUCUAACCCAUCAUCUGUACCUGGUAUGAAGAUUCUUGUCAUCCGCGGUGUUCCGACACAGAUCGAAGCCGCGGUCAGACUUAUCAGUCAAAUGACCAACAGUCAGGGAGCCCUUGUAGAGGAAGCUCAGACCUUCUGGCUCCAGUGGGUUGAGGCCGCGUUCCCUGAACUCGACUCACGCGCCUACUUCCUGCCUCCUGUCUACUUCAACCGCGUGCCCAUGACCAGACAGUCGGUUGUUGGUCAAGAUGUUUUAGUUCUUCAAGCAGCACAUAAACUAGGUUCAUCUGUGUCAACUCAUGCUCAGGACAGAGACGUCAGAAAUGAUGCAGCAAAGGAGAGAGUUGAUGGUCAGAACCUCAUUCAGGCUAAACAUGUACAAGACAACCAGUGCAGCCAACCGAAAUCUGCUUCAUUCGCUUACCCUACCCCGCCUACCAUUUUGGAUAGUGAUAUUAGAGAUGAUGCUGCCUUGCAAUGCGUUCUUAUCAACCUACAAAAGUUAUCUGAGAGGAAGAGAGAAGUGUUUGUUGGACUCAGUCAGCUUCAGUUCGGACAGUACCUGGGGGAACCUUGUUACGCUGCUGCGGCUGCCCAGCUCCCCAUACCCGCCAAUCUUCCCCCUUCUCUGCCACGAAACUGGAAACAAGGAGACUUUGAUAUUCUUUUUAUUCACCGACAAUACGGACUUGUCAUUUGUGAAGUGAAGGCGUUUGGUAACAAUGUGAAGGAAAUGAACAUGUCACAGCAGGAUAUAGACAACAACAUCAGAAAGAAACUGAGAGACGCCGUGUCACAGCUGGACAAGGCGGAGGCCAUGUUGUCUCACCUGGUUUCUGACAUCGCACCUGGUCUGCGUAUUACUAAAACAAUCGCGGUUCCUAACCUCACGGCUCAACAAGUGCAACAGGCCAUCUCUUGUGAUGCACAGCUGAUUCAGGAACUGUGUCGGUGUCUGGGAACAACAUCAGACCCCGCAGACAUCACAGGUCUGUGUCUGUGCCGUGAUCUGUUGUCUGACCCCAAGACACUCUAUGACGUCAGUAGUCACGUGCUGAAGGAACUCGGACACUGGUGGCAGCGACGUAUGGCUGUGGCGGGGCCUGACUUUCACAUGACACUUUGGGUGUACAAGGCAUUGUUAGCAAGGUUCUGUGGUCCGGCGACAACAGUGAGUGUGCCAUGCACAUGUCCUCCACGUGUGAUAUGA